AUGCGCCCCCUGACUAGCUUGCUCAAAUGUAGAAGAGAAAUCUGCAGAACUGGUCGACAACACUACCGGUGCGUAAAGCUGCGCGGAAAGAAUGACACACAACUGGUGAGUGCAAUCGUUGGGGGGAAAGAAGUGGAGUGUUUUUCUCUGCUAAAUAAGCCCCUCUUUCCUGGCCUCUCCUACGUGCUGAACGCGGAUGGAAACCUCGUGAGGCUUUUCGAAAAGUGCAAAAGGAAAAGUGCGCACAUAGGGCUCUUUCUCUUAAAAAGUGUGGGAAAUGAGAAAGAAGGAGGCCUCUUUAAUGAGGCACACUUUAAAAUGGAUGUUCCCAUCGGAGGGAAGCCCUUUUUGAAGAAAGACAUAGCCUUCAUUAAGGAUGUAGGGGAGGUGCACCACUGCGGAUCGGUGGGGGUUAUCCGGGAGGUCCUCUACAAAGGUGGUCAUCCGAGAGGUGAAACGGAGGGGAGAAGCAUCCCCAUAGGGAAGACCCCCCACAGGAGUAGCUCAAUGGAUACCACAGAAGGAGUAACCUGUAAGGACAAUUCCAACGAUGAGAGGGAGCGAAACCAAAGGAGGGGCCCCCUAUUGGACCACUCCCAACACAUGCACCAAGUCGUCAUUGAAAUUGCGGAAAAGGUAAAAAUUGUAAAGUGGGUUAAGGGAAACACAGCCCAGGUGGACGCAAUUAAGCGGCAAAUGUACAGCCAACAAAAGGACCCACAGAUAAGAGCUUACCAAAUGGAGAUCGUAGACAAAAUAAAAGAAAUUAUUUACCUGAACAGUGCAUGCAGCGUUGAAUAUAAUUUACUGCUAAAAUAUUAUGACGUGAAAAAUGUAUACAGUUUGGUCAACCUGGUAGGCAGCAUAACGAUGGGAAAAAGUAGCUCCCUUCAGAGUUUGCUCGAAAAGGAGGAUGUAGAGGACCAGCUAGCCAUCUGCUUGGAGCUACUAAAUGAAGAUAUUAUUCUCUUAAAAAUGAAAAAAGAAUUAUCGACAAAUUUGAAGAACAAAUUUGAUGAAGAGAAGGAGAAGCUAAUGAUAAGGGAGUGCAUCUCCAACUUGAAGAAAAAAAUAGGGGAAAAAACGGACCACGAAAUUUUAAGCGAUAAAUUUUUUGCAAAAUUUCAAUCGAAGAGGAGUCACAUGGGUGAAGAAGCUUCCGCCGCUAUCCUGCGCGAACUUAACAAAUUCUCCCUGUACAGCGAACACUGCAGUGAUUACGCGUCAACAUAUCAGUACCUCAACACCGUGCUGAGCAUCCCCUUUGGGAAAUAUGCCCCCCUGUGUGAAGACAUCAGUGCAUGCGAAAGGACGCUAACGAAAAGCCACUACGGAUUACACCAAGUGAAGAGGUACAUUUUAGAAUAUGUAGGGCUGUACAUACUAAAUAAAAAUGUGAAGCCGAAAAUACUCACCCUUGUUGGUUACCCAGGCAUUGGGAAAACGUCCAUCUGUAAAUCCAUCAGCUCGGCGUUACAACUCCCCCACUGUAUAAUCAACAUGAAUAACAUCACCAGCAUGAAUGAACUCAUUGGGCACAGAAGAACCUACGUGAAUAGCUACGAAGGGAGAAUCGUUCAAGCGCUCAUCUCAACGGAUGUAAUGAACCCCCUAAUCGUCUUGGACGAAUUAGACAAAAUUUCCUUCACAAAUGGAAACGUAUAUAGUGCUCUCCUAAAUCUUUUCGAUAGCUCACAAAAUAAGGGGUAUAAAGAUGUGUACGUGAAUUUCCCCAUCAAUAUAGGGAGAGCCUUUUUUAUUUGCACAGCCAACUCGGUUGAGCACAUCCCAGAGACGCUGCUCGACAGAAUGGAAGUUGUACAUGUGUAUCCCUACACCAAUGAGGAAAAGGUUUUUAUUUUUAAAAAUUAUUUGAAGAAAAAAAUACAGGAAGAAACUAAAGUUACCGAUGAAUAUCUGCACAUCUCGGAGGGGCUCCUCCUCUAUGUUAUCCAAAAUUAUACCAACGAAAAUGGCCUGCGGCAGUUUUACUCUAUUGUUUAUAGCGUCUACAAGAGGAGGGCCUUCAUGCUGCUAAAGGGGCUUACGGGGAAAGUCCAUUUGGGCGUCCACAAUUUGCACCUCUUCCACGACUAUGUGAGUUUCGAGCGUCUCCAGCAGCGGGGGAGCAUUGCAGUCACUCCCUGUGGGCAUGAGGGCAUGAUAAAGUCGAUCGCCUUCACGGAGGAUGGCGGCCAGGUGGUCACCAUAGAGGUGGUUGGCCUCGCGUGGGGAAACUCCCACUCGGAAGGUUCUUCCAACCUGCACUGCGCUGAGGUAUUGCCAAAGUGUACUACUCAGGGAGAGGAACUCCUCCUAAUGCAUCCCUCCUGGAGUAGGAGCCAAUUCGCCAUGGCGGACGAGACGAUGCACCCACAAGCGCUGUUGCGCUCGUCCCAAUUGGGGAAAACGGUUACAGAAGAUGCGUGUCGCGGAGGAAUAGCCGCAGUCGCCACCUCCUCAGAUAUGGUGGAGCCCCCCCUCAUAGAAGGUGGCAACCCCCCUUUUGCGAUGAGGAAGGCAGCGGAAGGUACCCAUAGGACCCAACCGCUGCAGAGAAGUCGCUCGUGGGAGCCCCACCCAAAUGGCCAAAUCGUCAUAACCGGAAACGUGGGGAAGAUCAUGCAAGAAAGCAUCCUCAUCGCGAAUACCUUUGCCACCCAGCUGCUAAAGAGGGUAGCUCCCAAUUUUCAGGGCCAACACUUGCACAUCAAUUUGAGCGAGUGUGAUGUGAAGAAGGAUGGGCCCAGUGCAGGGGUCAAUUUCGUUACGUCCAUUUUGUCCUACCACCUAAGAACGGCGGUGAGCAGCUCCGUAUGCAUGACUGGGGAGAUAACCCUUAACGGCCAUGUGCUGAAAAUUGGGGGGCUCGUAGAAAAAAUGAUCCUUGCGAGAAAUUUCGGAAUACGCACAUUGAUCAUUCCCAGGGAUAAUGCGCGGGAGUACGAGCUGCUGCCAAGUGCUGUGAAGGGAAACAUCCGGGUGCUAUACGUCCACCACUACUGCCAAAUAUUUAAUUUCCUUUUCCCCAAGUUUGGCCCCCUACCGCCGUAG